AUGGCGAGCUUAUGUGUUCCUGUUGACCUGAGAGCAGACCCCGAUGCUGCUGUCGUGAUACAUAGGGUUACGGCGUCGAUUUAUGAUGCUUACCUCCUCCGGGUCGACAUCAUGAAGAACGUGAACACCUUCCGGAGGCAUCAAAUCGUAUUCAACCCAGAGCGCAAAACGUACGCUCUCUUGACCCGAGAAGGUCGCGUCGGACUCCAAGGCGCAGGCCGGCAGGAAAUGGAGUCAACCAAUCUAAGGCCUGUCGCAGCCAGAUUCCGCAAGGUAUUCCACGACAUGACGGCCCGGGUGUGGAACCAAAGAUACGAACCCCCCCUAUCUUCAGACUGGUACUUUAUGUUCGUCGAGCUAGACUACCGCGGGACUGUCACACGCCCCAAGGAGCUCCCUAACUACGCCGUGGUCGACGCCAAGGUCAAGGAGGAAGUGAGGGAUCUGAUGGAGGACAUGCUCUACGGUGGUCCCGUGCGGAAACGCAACGGAAGCGAGAACCCCGGCACCUCGAGAUCCUGGUCAGCAUAUAGCGCUCCGUACGAGCAGCUCAGUCCCUGGACCAUCUUUUCGGCGUUGAAGACUCUUGAGCAUAUCUGGAAAUACCUUGAGUCAGGACGCCCCGUCCGCUGGAAGGCCAUCCUCAGAGCGUCGUCGCGGUACCGCAGCCAGAUCCCCUUCUGCGCAGAAUACGAUCGGCCCCCCGUGAUAUCAAGCUAUCUCGCCAUCUUCCUCGAGCUCAAAUUCCUGCACUCGCUCUGGCCGUGGCAGGAAAUAGCUAGCAUGCUGACCAAGAUCCACCACCAAGGGCUCCUCCAGCUCAACGCGUAUAAAACCCUCGCCCAGCCGCUGUACCAUGCCUACAGCUCUCUGCGGCACGGCUUCCGCCGCCUGACGGAUACGUCGACGCUCGAGUUCCUGGAACUCAAGAACUACCUCGAGAAUUCCUGCCAUCACAUGCAUUAUCUGACCCUGGAGCUGCAGGCGAUCUACGGGGUCUUCGUGAAGGCUAAUUUGCCGAACCCGUACCACGACUGGAUCGAGGCCAAGCGGGGUCACGACAUCUGUGGCGAGAAGAGGCUCCUUCUGUGGCACGGCACACCGCUCGACUCGCUGUUGGGUAUCCUCGAUCUGGGACUUCAGAUCCGCAGGCAAGGGGCUAGCUGGACGGGGACCAUGUUCGGCAAUGGUAUCUACCUCGCCGACGCGUCGAGCAAGUCGGCGGGCUUCUGCAAACACCAAUUGUGGAACGGAGAAGCGGUGUUGCUCCUGUGCGAAGCCGACGUCGGGGCGUCGCGGAUCCGGAGCCAGAAGAGCAUCAACAACGGUCACGAUGUCAUCAAGAAGUCGGGCGGGCAGCACAGAUGUAUUGAGGGGCUCGGGAGGGUUGGACCCGUGAAAUGGAAGGCGGUAAGGUGGGAAAUGAGGGGGCUACCCUGCACGGGCGGGGGGAUCGUUUUGAUGGUAUGA